AAAUGCGGGCGAGAACGUAGUUUAAAUGUUCUAACCACUUUACUCUAAUGCUUUUGUUGAGUUAAGUUGUGUCGACAACAAACAACAGUCCAAAACAAAACACGUAUCUGUGAAAUUGAUAAGUAGCGUAUUUUGUGAGACGCAACCAAGUAAAUCAUAAUGGCAGACGAGGAAGAAAACAACUAUAAGGAAUUACUGGAGAAAAAUCGCGUUGAUGUAGUUCAAUCGCUCGACUUGGAUAGACAAUUUAUGUUAAGCUACCUUCGAAGUAACCUAGUCUUCGAUGAUGAAGAUUGUCAACUUAUUUUAAAUUCUGGAAGCAGCCGACAGCAAAAAAAUGCGAAGUUUUUAGAUGUGCUGGCAUGUCGCGGUAUGAGGGCUUAUAAAACCUUUGUUGAUGCGUUGGAGUUUGAACAUUCUUACUUGUACAAAUUGUUUACUGGAAAAGAUGCUGCAGUUGAGAAAAGUUUCAGUGAUGGCAAUAAGUGGGCAGAUCAUGAUCGCGAGUUUUUAGCCAAAGAACUAAGCAACCUAUCGGACCAAUAUCGAACACUGGCUUACAUGCAGAGUAAAACUAUGAAAGAGAAGCAAAUUAUAGAAAAAAAACUAAUCGAGGCCACUGGCGAGUUGAGUUCCUCAAAAAGAUACAUUGAAGAACUCAAUUUCGAGUUAGCAGUUAAGAGAGCUUCAGAUGAAAUUGAGGAAUCGCAAGAACACAUGGAAAUGAACAAGCUUCUGUUACACUGUCAAGCACUGGCACAGGACAACUCUGAAAAAAGUAAUAUCAUCAUCGCACUGCAAGCGAGGUUACUGACGUUAAAUGAAGAAUGCGAAAAGAAAAUAACAUUUCAAGAAGAUAUGCAGAUGAAACAUAAAAACUUAAUGCAACAAGUCAAAGACUUGACUGUGAAUUAUGAUUUUCAGAGACACGAGUCUUUGAGAUUAAAAGAAAAAGUGGACCAAAAAACAGACGUCCUUGAGAAGCAUGUGUCUAAUCAGAGAGAAAUUCACUCGUUGAAAUUUCAACUCGCCAAAGUAACGGAGGAAAGAGAUGAAGCACUCGUCAAAUUGGAAGAGUUUAAAAGCGUAGUGACAGCUCUCAGCGCUAAAUUAAGUCUAUUACAAGAAGAACGGGAUAACGAAACAGGAAAACGGGAUGAAUUAUCGGAAGAGUUUUUAAAAAUACGGCACCAACUGAAAACUGUAGAACUCGAGAGAAACCAAUAUAAAAAUUCGGUUGAUUUUUACAAAGACAAGUCUUGGAGGUAUUGCGAUGAUAUUAACACACAUCGAGAACAGGUUUCCUUUUUAUCGCAACAAUUACAAAAUGCAGUCGACGAAAGAAAUCGGAUCUGCCGGGAGAAAGAGGUCGUCAUCAAAUACAACAAGGAACUUUUAAUAUCACGUGACGAAGGAAUUCGAAAUCAACUGGAAAUAACAGAGCAGUUUGAAAAGAGAUAUCGGGAGGUCAGCAAACAGCUAGACGAAUCAAAGCGAGAAUUUCGAGAUUUAAUGCUACAGUAUGUGAGAUCGAAUUCUUCCAGUGAUAACCAUGCAAGAGCCUGCAUAUUUGAGGAAGAAUUGGCAAGUUCGCAAAAAGAUCUCGCCAAGCAACAAAUCACACUCACACCAGGUGAUACAGAACAAAAGGAAAUUUUAAAGCCUAUGGUGGAAACGGAAAUCAAACUUGACUUAUCCAGAACCGAAAGCCGGCGAUUACUUGAUUCUGCUUAUGAGUCUUUGACGGUUAAGGGGAGGAGAAAAAGCGCGCCGGCCGAUUUCGCGCUAUCGAAUAGACACCUGUCUUUAGUGUACGAAAGCUUGCAGGGUCAUUCCCUACCCUUUAACGUGUUAUUAGGCAAUUCAGCUGUGUUUCCGCAAUUUGACGAAGAACAACCAGAACCAGAGCAGGAAAAAGGAAAACGAAGAUUUGUUUCUCCUCGAAAAAGUGACAAGAAGGGUAAAAAUAAAACAAGGAUAAACGAAGCGUUGACUUCGAUAUGUCCGAUGUUACCUAUGCCAGUAUCAUAUCACGGUAAAAGACCAAAGAGUCCAAGUCGAAGUCAGUCGAAUGUUACUUAAUUUCUGGCAGUUUUCUUUUUUAUUAUUUUUUUACACAUGUUUUUUUUUUUACAAAAUAUGGCUCUAUGAAUAAAAUUUUAAAUAAAGGCAAAAAAAAUAUUUCUGUCGUUUA